GAUCGCACAAUUCCCGGCCAAAGGCAGGAUCGAACCCCAUGCUGCCAGGGCUUUUGGAAGGCGUAGGAGCCGUGCUGUGGUCAGCAGAGGUGUACCAUACAUCAGACGCCGGCAACUCUACCGGCAAUGCAGGCAGCGACAUCCAUGACGCUCCAGCGGCAUUGCCGGAGGAUGAAGAAGGGCUCACAGCAUGGUCCCUGGCCUUCUGGAGCACAGCAUGGACGUGCGUGCUGCUAAUGCUGGUGGCUGUGGUGCUGCUGUCCCUCUUGGCCGCUGCAAUCGCGGUCCUGCUAAGAUGCCUGCAGGGACGCAGCUCUGUAAUAGUAAGAAACACCCACCCUGCAUCACAUCACACGGCUUUGAGAUCAUGAUCAUGUGUGUGAUGGCUGUGAUGUGCAGGGCGUGCCGGCUUUCUUCCUCGGCCAGACAUCUUUUGAGUGGCUGCUGAUGGCCGCUCACCACCUGCUGUACUUCUCCCUUCUCGCCUUCGGCCCCGCCCACGCCACUCUGGCCACUGCCGACACCAGCAGCCGUGGAGAGGUCCUCACGGCCCUCGCCAAGGACCUCAUCAGCCCUCUCGUCUGUCACGAUGAUGGUGGCCUGCGGCUGUGGUUCGUCAUCUGCAUCCUGCUAAGGGCCGUGUGGGCGUCUAUGGUGUGGCUGUUCCACCCCGACACAGCCAUGGGGGUGGCCGUCGCCUUGGCACUCUACCACAGCGCUAGAGCCAUCCAAGCCGUCAUGGGCAGGCAAUGGGGAGUGGGCGAGAAAAGACCGGCAGGCGGCAUCGGUGCCUCGCACACGGAGGACAAGCCGUCAAAUGGCCGUGUCCACUUUCUCGCCAAGUGGUGGUGGCCUAUCGCAGUGGGGGGCGUCCUCUGUGUGCCCGUAGCACACAUGUGGGGCGGGAGCCUCCCAGCCUGGCUCACACCCAAGGCAGACGGCCCCACGUGGGCCGCUGACGGGAUUGAAUCUUUAUCGCUGCCGAGGGUCGAGGGUAGCUGGUGGGCUGGGGUGGUGCCGGCGGCCGUCAUUCUCUUCGCCGGAAGCGCAAUGGUGGCUCUAAAGUGCCCUGUCAGGGUGAGAAGAAGACACCAAAGACGACACUUAUUGGAUUCAUCCUUUGUGUGUGUGUUUGUGCGUCUGUAUCAGCGUCACCAUCAGAAGGUGGCGCCUGUCGAGGUCGAGGGUGAUUGUCCCGUCCCAGCCGAGGAGGAUAGCCCGGGUGAGUAUGCUGACUGUGUGUCGCCCCCCAUGACGCCCUACGGGACCCCCUUUAGCGGCUCGGAGGGACGUUCCGAGACCACCUCAGAACAUAUCGACGUGAGCAUCCAUCUGGAAGAGACAACAGACGCAAGUAGAUCCAUCUGUGUUGUGAUUGGCUGGCUCUUCAGUUGCCUUUGAUUCCCCCGCUCCCCUUGCAGCGGCUGAUGCCCCCACCGCCCCCGCCCGUCCACUGCCUGAAGCGCCUACCGCACCCCAUGGUCAGCACCCACUCGCACAAGUCGACGAUGCGGGCAGGUACCUGUGUCUCCACAUCUGGUGUGAUGUGUGUUGUGUGCAGGACUAUAGGGAGCCUUCUGGUGUGUGCGACACGGCGUCCACUCAGCUGGACGAGUUGCUCUACUCUGACGGGCCGGAUGGGGACGGGUACUGACAAAUGUAUGUGGCCGCGUGCGUGUGUGCGUGUGUUGUGGUGCUGACUGGGU